AUGGAUCGUAACAGGAGUAAAGAUGCCUCUGAAGGAAUUGCGCCUAUGGGAAUACAAGCAUUGAAUGAAACGGUGUUAAGUAAUCAACCUGAGUCUCGCUAUGAGUGUCCUGUAUGUCUGAAUUGGCUAAGAGAUCCUGUCAUAACAACUUGUGGCCACAAGUUCUGCAAAAGUUGUAUUACUUCUUGGCUGCAAAAUAGUGGUCAUUGUCCCAUAGACAACAUAAAUCUGAGCAUGAAGGUAGAUAUAUUUCCUGACAAUUACACCAAGAGGGAGAUACAGGAACAAAGGAUGAACUGCCCAUUUUCUAGUAAAGGUUGCUCAGUAAAAGUAACUCCGUUAGAUCUAGACGCACACAUAGCUGCAUGUGAAUACAACAAGCCAGAGACUUCGACACAACCAGAAAUACGAGCGCCAUGUUCUUUUCAAGCUGUCGGGUGUAAGGAAAUGUUUGACAGCCAAGAAGAAAUGAACUUACAUGUACAAAAUGAAGUGCAGAAACAUAUGAGUUUCCUUAUGAAUGCUUAUUCUGAAAUGAAAAUAAAUAACGAUAUGUCGAAUGCUAGCAUGGACGCUAAGGAACAGGAAGCUAUGACUCUCUGGGAAGCUCCUGACAAAGAUGGCAACCAGGCUUCUUCAGCACCGCUCGAUAAUACUAGUGCUCUGAUAAGAGCACUCUACGAAAGAGUAGUUGUACUAGAGCAACGAAACCGCGAACAAGACAUCGUAAUAGCGAACAUGUCUAAACAAGUAUCAGCUUUUGCCGUCGCAAAAAUGAAGCAAAACAACGACAUGUUGCUGAGGUAUUGCAUGGGGAACUAUAUUUGGAAGAUCGAUAACUUUAAAACAAGACUGGAUGCGAUGUUGAAGGACCAUUAUAAAAUGUUGUACAGCCCUGGAUUUUUCACGUCCCCUAAUGGCUACAGAUUCUGUGUCCGACUGAACAUUUCCCCGCAAAACCCUCAAUGCUUUGCCCUCCACGUGCAUCUAAUGAAGACAGAGAACGACGACUGCCUCGAGUGGCCCUUCAACGGGCGCAUAUCCUUCGCGAUGAUUAACCAGUACAACCCGGACAUGACGCAACGGGAUACUAUGAUGUCCAACUCCUCGCUCAUUGCCUUCAGAAGACCAACAGCGGAAAUAUGCGUGCGAGGGUUCGGGUAUACGGAGUAUGCGGUAGUUAGUGAUGUUGUCAGAAAUGGGUUUGUGAAAGAUGAUGUAUUUAUUGUACGUGUUAACAUAAAGUGUGUAUGA